UAUGUUUCGGCUUUGUUUUGAUCGUCGGUUUUUGAUCGACGAAAGAAGGGGACGUGAGUUCUAGGUUUUAAUAAUUCUUAAUUCACUUGGUUGGAAAUGGAGGAAGAGGUGGCAUCGGGAAGUGAUAAUAUUGUAACAGAAUUUAGCACAUAUGAAGACUUUCUUGAUUCUCAAAUAACGUCACUGGACCUUUAUUACCUUGAGGAUGAGGAGUUAGCAAGACAGCUGGUUGAGCUUGGUUACAGAGGAAGUGGUGAAGUUUUGAAAAGAGAAGAAUUUGAAGCUAGAAAACAGGCAGCAGAAGCAAGUAGACUUUCAAAAAGAAGUCAGCAAAAGACUCUAGCUAGCUCAGGAAAGGAGCUAAAGAAUCCAUUUUUGAAAGCAUUGGCUCAGAGGGAAGAAGCAAACAGGAGCGGCAAGAUGACAUCAAUUAUAUUCAUACGAGACAAAAAUGCCAAAGGGCAGGAGAUUUCGGGCUACAUUGACUUUGCACACAGAUUGAAAACAGAGGAUUUUGAACCUUACUUUUCUGGAAAGAAACGGUUAUUACCCAGACCAUCAGAUCUAAGUUUUUACAAUUGGGAAACACAAACAUCAACAUCAAAUCCAACCCCCAACUAUCAAGUAAUUGCCGAGAAUGCAACAGGGCUGCUAUUCAAGAACAAACGAGACAGAAAAAUAUUAAAUGUGGAUCCGAAGGCUCCUACACCAGGAGACAACUCAACCAGAACACCAAUAGACUGCCCUCAGUAUAUCCAAGUUGUCAUUUAUGACCACAUUACCCGACGGAAAACAUAGUCUUGGAAAUGGUUAGACAUUAUAAGAUAUUUAAAACAAAUUCUGAUGCUUUCUGUAAAAGUUAAAAUAAUUACAAAUUUUAAUGCUUUUGUAAAAAUUGAAAAUUAAUGUAUAUUAUUAUGUAAGGAUGUUCUUAGUACAACAUAUUAAAGUUGGUAUAAUUCAGUUUUAAAUACAUAUAUGUUCUUUGUAUUGUAUGUCUUUUCAAAAAUAAAUG